UGGGCUACCGGAAGCCUUCGGGAAGCGGGAGGGUUACAGGCGAACCUCUCUGCCCGCCCCUCCGCGGUCGGGCCGUCCUGCCGGGCUGUGCUGCGCCUGCCGGGUGCCUCUCUGACUCUGGGCGGUCCUCUCCCGGAGCCGCCCAGGCGUGCUUCCUGCGGCCGCCUCUGCCUCAGGCAGCCUGUCCCGCGGCGGCAGGCGUAAGGGUGUGGGAGGGCGGUGGCAGAGCCUGUGCCGCUGCCUGCCGGGCUCCGGUGCCGCUGCCCCCGUGGCUCUGCUGCUUUGGGUGGCCUGGAACAGAUUUUUGAGUCCCUUGCGAGGGUUGUGGCUGGAAGGGGUUGCCUUGCCUCAGAGCGUCCCGACGAAGCCGUGCUAGAAGAGCAGGCUGCCGCCUCAGAGUUGGAAGUGGGGGAGGUCGUCUCUCUGCACAUCGAUGUAGCCCUGGACGGCGGCUGGUGAAAAGCAGUGAAACUCCUCAGCGGUCUGAUAACCAGAGCAUGGGCUAAAGCUAUGUUCCUCUCUCGCGUCGAAAGUCCUUGUUUUCUGCUGUUUCUCUUUGUCUUCCAAGUAGUGUUUAUCCUGAUCCUGUACCGAGGUGGACCUUCGAAUGUGUUUCAUGGGUUUUUAGACUCGCAUCAAGUUCUGGACUAUUCAAAAACUCAUGAUGUGUAUACAAACCUCAGCUUGUUUACCCAAGCUCCUAAUGAGGAAACUAUGCCUUACUGCUCAGUGCAGUCACCGAUAUUUGUUGGUCCAUUAACCAUCAACUUCAGAGUGCUCCCUAGUGAAAGAAUGAUCAUUAAAAAAAAUCCUUUUGUUCAGUUGGGUGGCCACUACAGGCCACCUCACUGCUUGGCCCGCUACAAAUCAGCCAUCCUCGUAGCCUACAGGAACCAGAGGAAAUACCUUCGCCAUCUUCUCUACUAUAUUCAUCCCUUCUUGCAGCGCCAGCAGCUCAGUUACAGUAUCUACUUGAUUCAGCAGGUGGGAAAUGGUACAUUUAACCGAGCAAAGCUGCUUAAUGUUGGUGUCCGAGAAGCCCUGAAGGAUGAAGACUGGGACUGCCUUCUCCUGCAUGAUGUGAACCUGGUUCCUGAGAAUGAUUAUAAUCUCUAUGUUUGUGAUGAAUACUAUCCCAAGCACAUGGCUAGUGCCAUGGAUAAGUUUCAGUACAUUCUGCCAUAUAAGUCCUUUUUUGGGGGUGUAUCUGCUCUGACUCCAGAACAUUACAUGAAGAUGAAUGGGUUUCCAAACACAUACUGGGGCAGUGGUGGUGAAAAUGACGACAUUGCUACAAGGAUUCAGUUAGCAGGAAUGAAAAUAGUCCGGACCCCACCUCAGCUUGGACGCUACAAAGUGAUGGACUACAAUGAAGAGAGACAGACAUUGGAGCUUUGGAGCUGGCCUGCUUCCCGACACAACACCAGAAAAACAUGGAAGGAUGACGGAAUGAAUUCAUUAGAGUUCAAGCUCCUUUCCAAGACAAAGCAUCCUCUUUAUACAAACAUCACUGUGGACAUUGGAUAUGUUCCCCCCUUUUCUUAAAACAAUGAAAACAAAAGCAGAGUUGGGGCUCAGCAUGGCAGCAUGCCUGUGGGCAUUCAGUCUCUAACUCCUGUCAUGGUCUGGCAUCUGCACCACCUGAGACUGAUCCUUCUGUCUUUCAUCCAUCACUUUUCUUACAACUGUUUAAGAUUUUGAAGAAAAUGCUUCAGGAACAGGGUAUGAUAGCUAAUGAACAGGCUGUGACUACUGUAAACAAUGUUCAAGCACUGUAAAAACUGACUACUGAGCCAGACCCACCUCCCAGCCAUGGGAAAUCAAGGUCUCCUGGACAAUUAAGCUGACUCAAGUUUUCAGGAAUGUUUGUUCCACAGCUGGAUAUCUCUGUCCUGCUUUGUACUUAAUAGGAUACAAGCCAUUCUGUCAGAUGGGCCUCUGAAGUGAUUUUGAGGUGUUGAAACCACUUACAGUUCUGUGAAUACCUUUUGUGAAUUUGAGUAAAAUAAAUUGCAUUAUGUUGUUGGGUUAAGAUUUUCUAGAAUAUUUAGUACAAGUGUAAUAAAGGAGAAAAUUGCUCUGAAAAAACAGAGCCAGUGCUUAAGUU